AUGCGUCUUGUCGUAGGUGCCCUUUCCCUUGUAAUUGCCCACGUAUCCCUCGGCCGCCUUGGCGUCAUGAUCUUGACGACCAUCGAGACCUUUGCCCUUGCCGGAUUCGUCGAAGCGCUCUUUAUGCGAGCCGGUGUACUUGGACGUGUCCGUCAGCCGCGAGGUCGCCGCAUCCGACGAGGUCGUCUGACGAGCCGGUUGAGGGUUGGGGGCAAAGAGGAAGAGGCAAGCGGGAGGAGAGUGAGGAGAAGAGGAGAAGUGAACGCUUCAAGAGGGCUGGAAUGCCGGUCUCGUGGGCGCAAGGGUGUUACGACAGUGCGUCGCCACAUUAGCAGACCUCGUGACGGCGUUGAAAUUCGCACAGCCCUUAAGCCCAAAAGAGGUCUUUCAGCUCGGCCUUCCUCUGCGGGACUCGAACCCGCGUUGGGCCAGUGCAGCUCGUGA